GAUUUUUGCUCGUCUCCACCCCGGUAGGUGGAGCUGGAUCAGGUCCUACUCCAUCCCACGGACUUGUGGUUCUACAGUGUGCAGGGUGCUUGGAUUUUGGCACGCCUGGUGAACAACUCUUUUCAUGCGUUCUGAUCCUUUCGGCUUUCCAUAUCAGUGAUCUGUGCUUUGUCCCCGAGCUGCCGGUCCAGUCACAUCCCGAGAUGGCUACGGCCAUGGCGGCACCGGUGAAGCAGAGGACCGGGACAAGCCGAGCUCAGCUUCCGCCCUGUUAUUAUGAGGGAUAUCUUGAGAAACGGGGACCUAAAGAGAAGGUGUCCCGACGACUGUGGACAUGUUUGUGUGGCAAUACCUUAUACUUCUUCAACAAUGCGAAAGACACUCAUUAUGUCGAGAAACUGGACCUGAGUGGGUUUGUGUCUCUGAUCGAUGACUGCAGUCGGGACAGGAAUCUGGAGGCAGCUAGAAUGAAUUUACGCAUGAAGGAUGGAGAGAUAAAACUAACUGCUCCUAACUUGGAGGCACGAGAGUUGUGGAAAGGCUUCCUCUACUCUGUAGUGGAUCUGGCAGUGCCCACGACUCUAACCCUGCUGCCCGGGCAACUGCACAUGCUAAAGGAGGUGGUGGAGAAAGAGAGACAGAGAAGAAGAGCACGAUCGCUCUCGAGAGCCCCUUCAUCUCCCCUCUCCCUCCCUCUGGUGGGAGAGAUCCCUGCUUGUUUCAGGCCUGUCUCUCGUACAGAAGCCGAGGUUCUGUUAGAGCGUCACCCAGACUGUGGGAACAUGUUGCUAAGACCGGGCAGAGACGGCACGUCACUUGCAGUAACCACACGACAAGACCUUAAUGGCUCGGUGUUCAGACACUAUCGGGUUACCCAGAAGUCUCAGGGAGGUUACAUCAUCGAUGUGGAAAACCCGAUCCCGUGUCCCACCCUUUAUGAUGUCAUUAACGCACUAGUCGAAAAAACAGCUGGGACACUUCAGCCUUUUCUACUGGAGGAGCCUUAUGAAGAGAAUAUCACAUACAUUUCAUCCAACGAUGAGAACGGAGAGCGAAUGCUACACUGUGCACCCACUGGCACUUUCUCCAGAGGACCCUCACUGCCCCCGAAAGGGUCAGAGAGAUGGACUUUGAGGUCUCACUCUAAAUCUCCCAGCCCAUCUCAAAGAUCACUAAGCCCUCCAGGUUCGCCAUCCAGCCCUAUGAGACGACUGGUGCUCUCACCCUCGCCCUCACCGCUAGCACAGACAGCUUUCACAGAGGAGCUCAAACAGAAGCUGGAGAAGAGACGCACCAGUCAGGACUGACUUCCUGCAUCUCCCCAGCCCAUCAGCAGCAUGGCCUCGUCCUUUGGCUGUCUGAUUCUGCCAGUGCCUUUGUAAUGACCAUCAUCACUCACAAACAUCCGGUCUUAUGUUCGUCGUGCAUCAUUAUCAAGCUGCGCAAAAAGAUCCAGGAAAGUCUUCUGCCUUGGGGAGGUGACACUUCAAGAAGGACAGUGACGGUUGACCACAGGGACAGAUCAAUCUGAGCCAAGAACCAGUGUUUCUCCAGACUAGUGACACUUCAUAGCAGAUAGGUGGACUAUGCAGAGAGACAGUGUUGUCUCAUGGUGUUAGCUGCAGCUGUACAGUACAUUAAUAAAUGCCCUGAUGGUGUUCUUCUCCUGUAACUGCCGUGAAAGUUCCAGAAUUCCUUUUCAUACGUGUUCUAAAGACAGCCGUUAUUUUCUUCUCAUUUUCAUUUGAAGCAGCUCCAUCAGGUAAGAUCGUCUCCAACGUUAUAGUCGUGUUAGGACAAAAUAAUAGCAGUGAAGAAGUGUCAGAUGUGUAUGUUACUGCUGAGAACAGUGUGAACAGUGUUUCUGUAGUGAGGUGUUUUUGUUUCGGUGCGAAUCCUAGACUGAUCGUCAUUACUGGUUUGUGUAAUGAACGUGCAUGGUGCUACUGUUUGUACAUAGAGUUUGUGUGUGUGUGUGUGUGUGUGUGUGUGUGUGUGUGUGUGUGUGUGUGUAUCACUGUUCAUUUUUCUCAUAUUUAUUGGAAUUAAAGGGACGAUUUUUUGAUAAAGUUGAUUCGAUCUGCGUGUACUCUCUUCUAGAAAUAUCCAUUUAUUAUAGAAGGAUUAUUAUGCUAUUAACUGGUUGCCAUGAUGAUUUUAAGACAACAGUGACAUUUAAACAUGCUUCAAUUGUUAGUGUAAUUGGAAUUAAAUGUGUUAGGUUUCACAGAUAUUUCUUUAUACAAGUAACAAAAUGGGCCAAUUAAGUAAGGGAAAAAAACACGGAUGAGCAUUGUGUUAUGGGAAAAUAAUCAACCGUAGGGUGCUGAAGUUGUUUAUUUUGCUAUAAGAGCACAUCUUGAAGUGUUUUAUUCCUCUUAUACCACAGCGUCUUGCCAAUGAUUUGAAUGUUUUAUUUAUUAAAGAGCAUUACAUCGUACUUUUAAGCAUUUAUACAACAUGUCCCAAAAGCCUCCAUUCAUAGGGGAUUAUGUACAAUUUGGCAGCACUACGACGGUUGUGCCUUCGUCAGUGGAUGUUUGUGGACAUCGACUUCUCGGUCGGUCCGCAACACUUCCAGUCUUUUUGAAUUUGUUAAUAAGUUUGGCAGCAGUGUCGUGAGUGUGUGUGUGUGUGUUUGUGUGUGUGAUGUGCUCACCAUGUUUCAGCAACCUUGCGACAGCUUCCCGAUCCUGUUGUGAGAAUGAUUUCAAUACAUUCUUCUGUUGUCAAAGGUGUUCUUAAAAGCUAUCUGAAAAACAUCUAUACAAUAUAAACUGAGUAUGAAAAUUUUGGAAGAAAUUUUACUAAAAAGUCUUCAUUUCCCCUGUUUGUGGAGACUUUUGGGACACUCUGUAUUUACAUUUAAAGUGCACCUAAUAUGGUUUUUCAAAUAUCACCUUUCAUGUAGUGUGUUAUAGAGCUGUUUGUGAAUGUAAAAACAUCUGCAAAGUUUCAAAAAUCAAAGCGCACGACAAACUGAGUUAUUGAAUCCCAAAAGAAGGAACCGAUUCUGAACAGCUGAAAUGAGUCUUUAGUGAUUCCAGACUUUACUUCCUGAUCUAACCUACGUAGGUUUGUAACAAAAAACCUCGCCUCUGGUCUUCAUCAGCUG